AUGCAGAAUAAGCCUUUAGAGAGUAAGGAUGACCUUCUGCCCACAUCCAUCGCAUACAUUAAGGAGAAUGCAGAUGCUCUAGAGGAGUCGUGCAGAGACGAGAUCUCAUCAGUCUUAGUCUCUCUAACGUUCUCUUAUGUACCCGAUGACGGCAGCCCCUAUAUCAAACGAAGUGGAAGCCCCGAGGACAUUUACCUUUCUCGUCCAUUUAGAGCGGGUAUGAACUACAGCUUGGUGCAAUGCGUUGCUCUCAACAGUUUGAUGUCCAUUUACUGGUUCAAAGUUCAUUGCACGAGAUGUUACAGGCUCAUCCAAGUGGCAGUGAUGUCCUUCACUGCGCUCGAUCAGAAGAUAUCAUUCAUGGUCUACGUGGUAUACAUGGGUGAGCGGCCUGCGGCCGAGUUCUCUGCAUCACAGGUGCACACUAGCAUGCUCGAGGAGAUCAUUGGAAGUCGAGCGCCGGAUUCAUUGCUGCACAGCUACAAGAGGAGUUUCAACGGCUUCGCUGCGAAGCUGACUGAAGAUGAGGUGCAGAGACUAGCCGGGAUGGAAGGAGUAGUGUCUGUUUUCCCAAAUGAGAAGAAGCAGCUUCAGACAUCAAGAUCAUGGGACUUCGUGGGCCUUCCGCAGAACGCCCAAAGAAGGCCAAUUGAGCGUGACUUAAUCAUCGAAAUAUUGGACACAGGAAUUUGGCCCGAAUCGGAGAGUUUCAGCAAUGAAGGCUUUGGCCCUCCAACAAGCAAAUGGAAAGGAAGCUGUCAAACAUCGUCCAACUUCACUUGCAAUGACAAAAUAAUUGGAGGCCGAUUUUAUUGGAGCACAGGCCAAGUACCUCAAAACGACACCGCCUCACCGAGAGAUACAGAAGGUCACGGGUCCCACACUGCAUCGAUAGCUGCCGGAAACCAGGUGACUGGAGCAAGCCUCUUUGGCCUUGCUCAGGGGACAGCUCGAGGAGGGGUUCCCUCUGCACGCAUCGCCGUGUACAAGAUCUGCUGGUCAGAUGGAUGCUCCGAUGCAGACAUUCUUGCAGCAUUCGAUGACGCGAUUGCAGAUGGUGUUGAUAUAAUAUCAUUGUCUGUCGCUGGACCCAUAGCGAAUAAUUACUUCGAGGAUUCGAUUGCUAUUGGAGCUUUCCACUCGAUGAAGAAUGGCAUACUCACUUCAAAUGCUGCCAGUAACACUGGUCCUGAACCUGCAACCAUCUCAAACUUUUCGCCAUGGUCUUUGUCAGUCGCAGCUAGCACGAUAGACGGGAAGUUCAUUACGAAAGUUAAACUAGGAAAUGGUCAGACUUACCAGGGAGUCUCCAUCAACACCUUUGACCUCAAGGAGCAAAUGUAUCCUUUGAUAUACGGAGGAGAUGCGCCUAAUCGCAAAAUGAAUUUCAAGGAAGCCAAUUCUAGGCUCUGCAAGGAGAACUCAUUGGACAGCACCUUAGUAAAAGGGAAAAUUGUUCUGUGCGAUUCGUUAAUCGAUGGGGAGAACCCACUAGCUGCCGGAGCAUUGGGCGCUAUACUGCAAGAUAAUGGCUUUAAGGAUUUCACCUUUGCUUUCCCCUUACCUACCUCAUACUUGAACUCGAGGGAUGGCCAAGGCGUUUUCAACUACCUCAACUCAACAAGAAACCCGACCGCGACUAUCCUUAAGAGCGAAGCAACCAAAAAUGAUGACGCCCCAGUCUCCAGGGGACCUAACCCCAUCACGAGCGACAUUCUUGCACCUGAUCUGACAGCUCCUGGAGUUGACAUUUUGGCAGCAUGGUCCUUUGCUUCCACAGUGACCAGAAAAGAUGGAGACAAUAGGCACGUCAGUUACAACAUUAUUUCCGGCACAUCUAUGUCCUGUCCACAUGCAACAGGAGCAGCCGCAUAUGUUAAAUCAUUUUGGCCAACAUGGUCUCCGGCAGCUAUUAAAUCGGCUCUUAUGACAACCACCUCUCCCAUGAGUGGCCUGAAAAAUCUCGAUGCCGAGUUUGCCUAUGGCUCUGGCCAGAUCGACCCACUGAAAGCUAUAAAUCCAGGUUUGGUGUAUGAUGCUGGCGAGGUCGACUAUGUCAAGUUCCUGUGUGGACAGGGUAUCAACACCAAGCAUCUCAGACUCAUCACUGGUGAUAACUUGGCUUGUUCAGAUGUUAUCAAUGGAACAGUGUGGGACCUAAAUCAUCCAUCAUUCACUUUGUCAACCACUCAAGCCACAACUCAGAUCACACGCAUCUUCCACAGGACGGUCACAAACGUAGGCUCUCCGGUCUCUACCUAUAGGGCCAUCGUGAAUGUUCCAGCAGGACUUAAAGUUGAUGUGGAACCGACAGUUCUUUCAUUUAAGUCUCUGGAGAAGAUUUCUUUCACGGUGAUGGUCAAAGCGACAGCGGACCUGAAUAUUCUGUCCGGAAGUUUAAUAUGGUCCGAUGGGGUUCAUUCGGUAAGGAGCCCUAUAGUAGCCUACAUCCUCUCUGAUCAGUAGCUUCACUCUGCAUGCUUCAUCAUAUCUUUUUCAUUUAUCGAAGAAUGAAGAUGAAUAAA